CAUUUCCCCACGGUCUGGCUGGCUAUCGUGGAUAGUGAACAGAGAUUAUCUGUUCACUAGCGGACGGUCAGAGACCAGAGACUUAAGGUGCCAGAGAUAUCGUUCUGUCUGGAUUUCUAACAAUACUCCCUACUGAGAGUCAUCAUUUCUGAUAUCUGCCUUAUCGGUCGUCUCCAGGCAACAACAUGGCCACUAAAAUGGAUGUUGACACGGAAACUUUUGAGGCUCGAGAGGAUCCUGUCAACGUUAAGAAGAAUACCUCUAAGACUAAGGAGAAUCCCCUUAAACUCAUAUGGUCCGCGGGGGAGGAUAUUAAGAAAAUAUCCGCUCAGUAUGAGUCUCAACUUGACCACUUCAGCAAACUUCCAAACGAGUUUGCUCAGAUAAAGGAAUGUCUCCCUAUGGUUCAAAGCACUUUUUCCAUCGUAGAAGAUCUAGAUGGGAAGAUAUUACUUGAAGACACCAUCUAUCCUUUAACUACCAAGCUCAAAGAUGAGGCAACAGCGCUGCAAACAACAUUCGGCGAGCUUAGCAAGGAAGUGGAGAAAACCAACAGGAAGAAAUCUAUCUUGGACUGUUAUCGCAUCAUUCUGUCAACUUCACCGACGUUGUGUCGGGUGGAAAUUGGGAUGCAAGAACUGUUGGGAAGCCUGGAGAAUAUCUUCACCACUGCAAAGUACAACACACCUUCAGAACUAAAGGGUGCUAUUGACAAGAUGUCAGAAGUGAAAUCGUCUGUUUCAGACGAAGAUCUCAAAAAAACUGGAGAAGCUAAGGCUAAUUUCACUCAGCAUAAUGCUUCUGGUGCAACGGGCUAUCAGAAUCACUUUGAUGGUCAAGGGCACCAUAUCAAUGCUGGUGGUGGCACUAUUGUUUAUCAUUACAAUGGUACGAAGCCAUAGAUAAAAUAUCCAAGUCUUAUUGUAAAUCAACUGACUAUUUUCACAAUAAAGUUUUAUAUGGUCGUGGUC